GGGGAAGACUUUAACUAGGGGCGCGCAGAUGUGUGAGACCUUUUAUUGUAAGAGUGGACAGACUUCCCAGAUUUCAGAGCCCCAUUUUCGAGCCCCGUGGGAUCCCGCGGCCCCCAGCCAGCGCCAGCAUGCAGAACAGUCACAGCGGAGUGAAUCAGCUCGGUGGUGUCUUUGUCAACGGGCGGCCACUGCCGGACUCCACCCGGCAGAAGAUCGUAGAGCUAGCUCACAGCGGGGCCCGGCCGUGCGACAUUUCCCGAAUUCUGCAGACCCAUGCAGAUGCAAAAGUCCAAGUGCUGGACAAUCAAAACGUGUCCAACGGAUGUGUGAGUAAAAUUCUGGGCAGGUAUUACGAGACUGGCUCCAUCAGACCCAGGGCAAUCGGUGGUAGUAAACCGAGAGUAGCGACUCCAGAAGUUGUAAGCAAAAUAGCCCAGUAUAAGCGGGAGUGCCCGUCCAUCUUUGCUUGGGAAAUCCGAGACAGAUUAUUGUCCGAGGGGGUCUGUACCAACGAUAACAUACCAAGUGUGUCAUCAAUAAACAGAGUUCUUCGCAACCUGGCUAGCGAAAAGCAACAGAUGGGCGCAGACGGCAUGUAUGAUAAACUAAGGAUGUUGAACGGGCAGACCGGAAGCUGGGGUACCCGCCCCGGUUGGUAUCCGGGGACUUCUGUGCCAGGGCAACCUACACAAGAUGGCUGCCAGCAACAGGAAGGAGGGGGAGAGAAUACCAACUCUAUCAGUUCCAAUGGAGAAGAUUCAGAUGAGGCCCAAAUGCGACUUCAGCUGAAGCGGAAGCUGCAAAGAAAUAGAACAUCCUUUACCCAAGAGCAAAUUGAGGCCCUGGAGAAAGAGUUUGAGAGAACCCAUUAUCCAGAUGUGUUUGCCCGAGAAAGACUAGCGGCCAAAAUAGAUCUACCUGAAGCAAGAAUACAGGUAUGGUUUUCUAAUCGGAGGGCCAAAUGGCGAAGAGAAGAAAAACUGAGGAAUCAGAGGAGACAGGCCAGCAACACACCUAGUCACAUCCCCAUCAGCAGUAGUUUCAGCACCAGUGUCUACCAGCCAAUCCCACAACCCACCACGCCUGUUUCCUCCUUCACCUCUGGCUCCAUGUUGGGCCGGACAGACACAGCCCUCACAAACACGUACAGCGCUCUGCCACCCAUGCCCAGCUUCACCAUGGCGAAUAACCUGCCUAUGCAACCCCCAGUCCCCAGCCAGACCUCUUCGUACUCCUGCAUGCUGCCCACCAGCCCUUCGGUGAACGGGCGGAGUUAUGAUACCUACACCCCCCCACAUAUGCAGACACACAUGAACAGUCAGCCAAUGGGCACCUCGGGCACCACUUCCACAGGACUCAUUUCCCCUGGUGUGUCAGUUCCCGUUCAAGUUCCUGGAAGUGAACCUGAUAUGUCUCAAUAUUGGCCAAGAUUACAGUAAAAAAAAAAAAAAAAAAAAGGAUAUAUGGUGUUAAUUCAGUCAGUGACUAUGUGGACACAGCAGUUGGGCGUUCAGGAAGGAAAGGAAAAUGGCUGUUAGAAGCACUUCAGAUCUGCAAUUGUGUCCUGUGUUGUACCACUGGGGAAUGGACUUGAAGCAAGGACCUUUGUAUACAGAAGGCACGCUAUCAGUUGGAACAAAUCUUCAUUUUGGUAUCCAAACUUUUAUUCAUUUUGGUGUAUUAUUUGUAAAUGGGCAUUUGUAUGUUAUGAAAAAAAAAAGAACAACGUAGACUGGAUGGAUGUUUGAUCUGUGUUGGUCAUGAAGUUGUUUAAAAAAAAAAAGGAAA